CAAUUGGUAUUGGAUAAUGUUUUUGCUUCAAUAAAUAACUAUCAAUUAAAAACAUAUUUUUUGUUUACUUAGGUUGCCUUUGUUUUAUCUUAGAUUUUGUUUUCAUUUCUGACACUGUCACGAGGGAGACCUCAGAGAGUCCAUGGAGGCGAAUGCACAUGCAGAACUUCUUUAUUGAAGACAACACAGGGAACAGGCUUAAGGAAACAGACUUAAGCCCAAAGUAUACUUUAAUUUUUACACAUACACUAGGAACAGCAUACAGUAUGUGUGACACAAAUUUAGUCAUCAGCAGAGUACAUGCGUACUGUAUGCGCACCGCCAGAUUUUUCCAAUCACGUGUACUUUGUAUGCGCAAGGUCGCACAUGCGCAUUUAAUGCUUUUGCACUAUUUAGUUGCUCCACAAGCUGGCAACAGUGACCCAGGGCCAUUGAUUUUCAAGGUAGUCGAAGAAAUAAUGGAAUAAACGGAAGAGACGGAAAUGAGUGCAACUCAGAGCAACAAUGGAUGGCUACAUGAAUGAGAGAUUGUGCAAGGAGAUUAGAAAGUACCCACAUUUGUAUAAGUUGUGUUAUGAUUCUUCUUCACUGUCAUUCUUCACACUAGAAGACCUGCUUUACUGCUCUGUGCUGACUCUUGUAGGCCAGGAGGAGUAGUGCAUCUCCUGUGUACAAGUACAUGUCAAAUGGAGUAUACUUUUGAAGGCUAUGCGUACAACUGUGUGCAUAUGCUAGUGUACGUGUAAAAAAAAUAAGCAUACUUUUGGCUUUAAGGGACAAACAUGAGGAAUAGACACACUAAGAACCAGGAUUAGAACUUAAUAAACCAGAACUUAAUAAACUAGAAAGUAAACACUAAGAAAAAUGCUAAAUAAUCAAAAACAUAUUUUUUGUGCAAAUAACAGAAACAUAGCAAACAUUAAAAAAACCCCAGAAACUCAAACAUAACCUGACAUGAGUUAAUGCUCCAGCAACUAAGGAAGAAACACAGGGAACUUAAAUAGAGCACUAAACAAUCAGGGAAAUAAGAAACACGUGAGUAUGGCUACACAGAAAAUGGAGGGAGACAACAAAGGAAGAAGUUCUACACACGGAAAAUGGGUGCGCUCUACUGGUCCAAGAUGUAACUACCCCUGGGAGGCCAUGACAGAAACAAUUUAGCAUGAGAUAUACACAAAAACAUCUGGGUUAUGCACGUAAGUAGUUAUAUCAUACACUUUCUGUCAAACUGUCAAUCAAAGUGUUGUGUGUGAUAAUUUAUGACCCUCUGUGCUUCCCUGACUGGCAGGUCUGUAGGGGUGGUGAGGGGGGUAACCCUAUGGAGUUUAUCAGCUGGUCAAUCUGGCUCCUUUGUGUCUGGGGGUGUUGUGGAGAGGUGUGUGUUGGGGGGAAUAGCCCCCCUCCCAACAAAAGGUGUUUAUGUUAAUGAGUUUGGUUUUUGGUGGGGUGAAAUACGUCUGAAAAGAAAUAAUGUUUUUAAUAUGGGGCUGUGUUUGUGUUACUUUGUGGCGUUAUUUCGUUUGUGUAAACACGCUGUUAGAAAAGCAUGAUGUUUGAAUGUGUACAUAUAUGAGUAGAAUAUUUGUUUUGUGAAAUAAAUGAAAACAAAUGUUGAUUAUGUUUUUUAGGGAUCCCGGUUUACCUUUGAAUAAAAAGUUUAGGAGUUAAAGCGUCUUUUUUUUAAAAAAGAAUCUGUUUAAAAAAGAAUCUGUUUAAAAUAAUCGUUUGUAUUACAUACAUUCUAAACACAAACCUUUAGGAUGUAAAAAAUGAUCAAAAGAGCUGUUUAAAAAGAAUCCGUAUUACUAGGUUUCCAAAAAAAAAAACACAUAAAAACUUUAGGAGGUAAAAAUGGUUAAAAGAGCUGUUUAAAAAAAAUAGCACCUAUUACACGGCUUCUAAACAAAGAUCCUUACGAGGUAAAAAUGUUAAAGUGCUGGCUAAAAGAAUCUCCGUAAUGUUUAAACUAGGAGAGAAGUAUUUUCCAGAGAUGUCUUCCAGUCGCUGUGUUAAGCAGUAAUGAAGUUAAACGGAGACGCCUCACUCUCGCUAAACCCCGCCCACACAUACGCGUUUUCAGACACGCCUCUCACUCUCUCUCUAAACACACCCAUUCACAUGUUUUCAUCGUAGCCAGUAAGUUCUGUCAAAAUGUCAAUCACGGCGGUAGAACUAGAGGGCUAAUUUAUGGCCUCGUCCUUGACAGGCCUGCGUUUCUCUAGGAGUGCUUAAUUUAUGGCUCUUUGUUUCUUCCUGACCAAAGAGUUUUUUUAUGACUAGGGGGGUCGUGGUGUGAUCCUACAGAUUGUUUAUGAUAAUGAGUGUCUGCGGGGGUGUUAAUUGCUUUACGACACACCCUACAAUAGGUAUGCUUUAUGUUUAAAAGUAGGGUCAGUUACGCAGAAGUCUCUAAGAUCGCGGCCGUGUAUCAGAGCGCUGUGUAAUUUUAGGCGAAUCGUCGAUUCUCGUUUUAACUCACCGCUAAAGCUUUAUAUUUUAUUUUUGAGAAUACUUCAAAGAGGAGAUGGCUGUCUGUCGUAACAGUGAUGAUGAUAUUGUGUCUAUCCCGGACAUCGUAGACGAAAUCAGGUUUCUGAACAAGGCAAGCGGUACGUGCGUUGUUAUUCUUUAUAAUUGUUCGAUCCUAUGUAUGAUGUGUAUGUGUUUAAUGAUUUUACUUCUUUUUUUCACAAAGGGUCGAACACAGAAGUCCCGCGAGUCAGGUUUGAAAACCCCGUGCUGGGUAAGAUCUGUAAUAACGAGAUAUUUAUGUUAUGUUUAAAAAGUGGUUUAAGAUGUUUUCUUACGUAUUGUGUUCGUUUGUUUACUGUUCAAGGAUUGUCAAAUCUUGUAGACAAGAUCGCUGCACCCGAGUUCAAAAAUAGUGCUGCGGUUUCCACUGAACGCGGUAUACCAACGAGCUCUGGAAAAGCCAAGCGUAAAACAGUCGCUCAGGUCCACAGCGCGGGUGUCGCAACGUCUAAACGUAAACAAUCAAGAUCUCCCCCACGAUCGACAGACGGUGUGUAGCAUGUAUUUUUAUUUUUUUAUUUUAUUUUUUUAAAGAGUGUUUCAUCAUCCUAAUUAGUGCCGGUAUCCUAAGCAAUGUUUUGUGUUUUUUUUCCCCAAACAGAGUCAGCUGUGAAUGAACCGAGCACUAUAGACUCUUGUUUGAACUGGAAUCAGGAGCUGUUAGAUUCGUGGGACGCAUGUGUAUUUACCCCGGUUCCCGGAGACGAUCUGCCUUCAAACCAAGAAGCAUUUGGUCGCGAUGCUACUGAUGUUAUAGACAAUAACAGAGACUCGGCGGAGGUGAUACGAACCGGGUUCAAGGCCAUCGAGGACCGUAUUGCUGGUUUUGAAAAGACUUUUGCCAGCGUCACCGAGCGUCUGGACAUUAUAGAGAAGAAUCAGCGUCUUUAUAAUCAAAGUCUUGUGGAAACUUUACAAAAACAUACCAUCACACAUAAAGAAAUCAUAGCAAACCAGAGGCGUCGUAUUGGGGGCAUUCGUCGCGUUGAUCACAAUCAACACCUGACGGCGGAAUUGUUAAAACAGUUUGUACAGUUAGUUAAAAACAAGAAACUCGGGUGAGUUGUACAAUAAGUAUUUUAUACCCCUGUGUGUGUGUGUGUGUGUGUGUGUGUGGUGCGUUUAUUUGCUGGUGUGUAUCUGGUUUACUGUGUGUGAUUUUUACUAGUUUUUGUUUCAAUAAUAAAAAUGUCAAAGCGGUGUGGUGAAAACUCGUGUAAUCUGGGAGCUGCAAUUAAAUUUAGAAGAUGCGACGACGAUGGUCUGUGUACUUUUGAACAGCGUUGCAAUACAGAGACGUUACAGGGUUUAAUUCGGACAAUGGAGGAUCUGAAUAGACAGCAGUCUACCACCGAUACUUUGUUGGACUUAUUAAACAUUGUUAGAUCAAUGGCUGAGGUUCAAACAGAGCCGCUGCCUAAUUCGUUGUUAGACAUCGGUUCAAAUUCGUUGUUAGACAGCGAUUCAAAUUCACAGCAGGUGGGGUGCGGGUCGGACAGUCAAUCGUUUAAUCCUUCGGAACCAAAUUUUGGGUUAUCCGAAGCCGCUAUUGAGUCUAUCGUAAGAGAGGGUGGGUCUGUUGGUGAUUAUACGGUGGUACCAAGACGCAGAUUUAAUGGUUUGGAGAUACGGCGUCGUAUAAACAUGCGUGUGAUAACCGCUCCAGACCUGGCAGCGUACGCUAUAUUUCUGCAUGAUAUCAUGUCUGAAAUAGUGUCGUUUUCCAGACUGCUGGCCGGCGAUGGGGGCUUAAUCAACAUUACCUUGAGAGGCCCUAGUCUACCCUCUGACGUUAACGCUGUCUUGUCACCUGAUAACGAUUACGAUUUGCACAUAUUCACACAACAACUAGAGAACAUUAUGCAGAGUAAUUCUGACGUACGGGCUGAUGAAUGUCUAGAUCUGUACGUGUCUAUAGCUCGCGGUAAACACGGUGGCGCUUAUCGAAAGAUACGUGAUUUAGCUCAUAACGAGGUGAUUGCCAGAAACAGAAUGAAUCUGUUCUGUCCCAACAACAUAUCUAACAAUCUGUGUUUUGCGAUCUGUCUGUCCCAUUUUCUACAACCGCAUACGCCAUGUAGUGAACUCGAGUCGUUAGCAGCGUCUCUACAGAAAACUGCAGGGUAUUCGGUACAACAAAAGAUAGGGUUUAAUGACAUCACACAAUUUGAACGGUUGUUACAUGUUAAAAUAGUGGUGUUCCAUAGGACAUGUUCUGGUCUGUUGGAACACUUUACGAACAAUGACGAGCCUCAUAAUAAGACCGUGUUCUUGUAUUUACACAACGAACAUUAUUUCUUGAUUAAGAACCUAAAAGCAUUCAUCGGUACACCAUACGUGUGCGAAUACUGCUAUCGUGGUUUUACUAGCCGCAGAGACCACAGGUGUAAAUACGUUUGCGAUGUAUGUAAUGCACCUGAUUGUCAUAAAUACGCUGGCAAAACGAGGCAAUGUCACGAUUGUUUGCGGUACUGCAGAUCAACCUACUGUUACAACGCACAUAAACAAACGCAAACAGGACAACAGUACGCUCAGUGUGAUGUCACUAAAUACUGUCAGAAAUGUAAUAGGCGAUAUCACGUCAACGGAGCAGUACCAAAAAAACAUGUGUGCCCUGCAGAACACUGUAUCCAUUGUAAAGCUGAGUUGGUUAAUGACGGAGUACACCAAUGUUUCAUACAGCCUAUAAAAAUGGAACCACCUAGCGACAAAUACAUUUAUUAUGAUUUUGAGACACAACACACGGACGGUAAACACGUGGCAAAUUUCGUAUGCGCCAUUACAUUUAAAGGGGAAGAGUUCACAGCCGCUGGUACAGACUGUAUAGAUCAACUUGUUAAAAAGUUUAGACAGCCUCAUUAUCAGAAUUACACAUGGGUUGCACACAACGCUUCAGGGUUUGACAAUUUUAUACUAUUGGAAUAUUUUGCAAAAGCAGGGCUAACACUCCAAAUUACUAUGCAAGGCUGUCGGAUCAUCUUAAUGUAUGAUAAGACAUUCAAGCAACGUUUCAUCGAUAGCUACUCUUUCAUCCCUAUGCGUCUGUCCAUGACAUCCGCCGCGUUAAAUCUAACCUGUGCUGAGAAAGGUCAUUCUCCACAUCUGUUCAAUAGAACCGAAAAUGAAGACUACGUAGGCCCAUACCCUGAUAAGCAUUUCUACGGCUAUGAGACAAUGUCUGACAAAGAGAGGGCUCUGUUUGAUGAGUGGUAUGUUACGGUGUCGGGUAAGGUUUUUGAUUUAAAAAAAGAGCUCGCCAUGUACGGCAAGAACGAUGUCGUUUUGCUCCGUGAGGCAUGCAUGAAGUACCGUGACGAAUUCAUACAAUGUACCAAACUCGACCCAUUCAGAUACACCACUUUAGCAGCGUGCUGCAUGGCCGUGUAUAAAACCCACUACCUACCAAAAGACACACUAGCUCUGACCCAUAACAAUGCAUACACAAAUCAGAACAAGACAUAUUCAGCCGUUUCCAUUGAAUGGCUUGAAUAUGUCAAAACAACACGAGGCGUGAACAUUCAGCACGCUUUAAAUCAUGGAGAGAUGGUGAUUGGAAAAUAUCAUCUCGAUGGUUAUUAUGAAAAGGAUGGUGUCAAAUAUGGUUUCGAAUUCAACGGAUGCAUGUUUCACGGGCAUGAAUGUCGUUAUAACCCAAACCAUUUACAUCCGUUAUCAAAAGUGCCCUACGGUUUGCUCAGAAGACAGUUUGAUGAUAAGGUCGAAAUUUUGGAAAAGGCGUAUGGUCUCGAUGUUGAGGUGAUGUGGGAAUGUGAUUGGAAUAACGCUAAACAGAACGAUGUCGCUGUAAUGGCGUUUAUGUCCACUUACAUACAUCCUGAACGAUUGAAACCACGCAACGCGCUAUUCGGUGGUCGUACUAACGCGUACAAAUUGUAUCACAAAGCCCACAAUAGUGAAAAAAUACGAUAUGUCGACUUUACAAGUUUGUACCCCUUUUGCCAGGCCAAAAAAUGUUACCCCAUAGGACAUCCACAAAUAAUUUUCAAGGAUUUUGAACCUCUUGAAAAUUAUUAUGGGUUUGUCAAGGCUACAGUACUGCCACCGCGAAAACUGCUUCACCCCGUCCUUCCCUAUAGGACCGGUGGUAAGCUUAUGUUUCCACUUUGUCGUACAUGCGCCGAACAUCAGAAUCAGACAGACCCGUGUGGUCAUACUGAUGAGGAAAGAGCUAUUUCAGGGUGUUGGGUCAGCAUAGAGCUGUUGAAAGGUGUGGAAAAGGGUUAUAUUGUAACGAACGUGGACGAGGUGUGGCAUUUUCCACAACGGUCAGAAACUUUGUUUUGUGAUUAUGUUAAAACAUUUUUACAAUAUAAACAAGAGGCCAGCGGUUUCCCCGCACACGUUAUGACAGACGCAGACAAGGAAUCCUACAUCUCAGACUACUUUGAGAAAGAGGGGAUUAAGAUGGACGCCGGUAAGAUAAGUCGCAAUCCAGCACGGCGUUCUAUUAACAAACUUCUGCUGAACUCACUUUGGGGUCGUUUCUCCAUGCGUGAAAACUUGCCGUGUACAGAGUUAAUUUCGGAUCCGGAACAAUUUACACAGCACAUAUUCGGUGACGGGUAUGAUGUUAAACACUUUUCCUUCGUUUCAGACAGCGUGGCUCUAAUUCAGUGGUGUUAUGCGGAUGGGAAAGGGGGGCAGACUCGCGACAUCAACAUCUUUCUUGGGGCUUUCACAACAGCUCAUGCCCGUCUAGAACUUUACGAAUUAAUGGACAAAUUGGGUGACAGGCUGUUGUACAGUGACACAGACAGUGUGAUCUUUACAUCUAGAGAGGGCGACUGGGAACCUCCGUUGGGCCCCUAUCUCGGUAAUUUAACUGACGAGGUUGGAGCUGGUGAUCAUAUUGUAGAAUUUUGUUCAGGCGGCCCGAAAACAUACGGCUACCGCACUGCGAAGGGUAAGGUUUGCAUGAAAGCCAAAGGUGUCACGCUCAACGCAGUAAAUUCAAAAGCCAUUAGAUUAGACACCCUGAUUGGACUUGUCGAUCACUACGUCGUGGGGGAGGAUAAUAGUCGUCAUAUACUGGCAUACACAGAUACCAUUGUACGUAAUAAAAAACAAUUCACACUACACAACAGGUCAGUUGUUAAAAAGUUUAAGGUUGUGUACAACAAACGCGUACUGCUCCCAGAUUUCACAACGAUCCCAUAUGGCUUCUGACAAUCUCUUUGGACAUAGGGGUGUGCGAGACACAGAGGGGUUUGAUUUCCGAUUACAUCACCCUUUCUCGUGUGUGAUAAGCGGUCCUUCAAACUCGGGGAAGUCAUAUUUUGUAAAAAUGUUGUUGCAAAAUGCUGUACAUUUGAUUUCUAAAAAAAUUGAAAAUAUUGUGUAUAUUUAUGAUUGUUGGCAACCGUUGUAUGAUGAAUUGUUGAAAAUGUACAAAAUAAAAUUUGUUGAAGGAUUACCACAGACUCUGAAUGAUGAUGCUCUGUUUCCGGCCAACGCUGUUAAUUUGUUAAUCCUCGAUGAUCUGAUGAAAGAGGCCAGCGGGAGCAACGAAGUGGAGAAGGUCUUUACCCAAUAUGUACAUCAUAGAAAUCUUAGCGCUAUUUAUAUUGUGCAGAAUUUAUUUUGCCAAGGGAAAUCCAGUAGGACCAUCAGUUUAAACACAAAUUAUCUAAUGUUGUUUAAAAAUCCCCGAGAUGCUAAUCAAGUAGUGUUCUAGGAAGACAAAUGUAUCCCGGCAACACAAAAUUUUUUAUGGAAUGUUAUCGAGACGCAACCAGCAAGCCUUUCGGGUAUCUGCUGAUUGAUUAUAAAACAAAAACUCCCGAACACUAUCGGCUCAGAACAGAUUUACUUGCGCCACACCCUGUGGUAUAUCUCCAGAAAAGAAGAUAGCGAUAUGUAUGCCAGACUUUGUAG